AUGGUCCAUCACGCGGCCGGGGUUAAGCAGAGCCGACUUGUGAUGGCAUUAGAGAGGUGGAAGUGUUUAAUCGGGGCGAGCCGAGACGGAGCAGUGUGGAGGAGACAAGAGAAGGAGGUAGUGGAUGUCAGCGUCAGUGAGAAGGUAACUACACUCUCCCCUGCCACCACUCCCCCCCCCCCCCCCCCCAAUCCCCCCACCCCCCAAUCCCCCCCUAACAGCAACACCCUUUUACCGGACGAGCCCCCACUCGCGCCUCUCCGCACUGCUCCAGCUCGCGGCCUUGGCUUGCUGCUGUUACCGUAG